UGUCGGCCCGCGCGUCCUGGCGGGGCCCGGCGAGCGGUGGGCGGGGCCGCGGCUCGCGCGGCGGAGAGCGGCGCGCCCCCUCCCCCAGUUCAGAGAGAAGAAAUGAGACUGAAACUUCUGCACCUUCAGAUGAGAUCUUUCCACGCUUUAACAACAAUAUGCCAAUCCCAAAGCUUUAACAAAACUGGAUGCCUGCUAUUAAAGCUGGAUAAUGAAGUUGAAAGAGCAGCUCACAGAACAGCAAAAUCUUGGGAUUUGUGUGCACUGAAACCUGCGUUCCCUUGGUUGACAAGUCAAUGUGUGCGACUCAGGAACCAGCAUUUUGUCCAAGGAUUUCUGUCCACUUUGGAAAGAAAUGUUUAUUGUCAGCGUGGGGAGGAUUUUUUCUCAUCCUGGAGACGUUUGGGGGUGACAAUGAUGGAAAACUACAAGCUCAAUACAGAGUGGAUCAAAAAGCUUAGGAACACGUCAUCAAGAUUUUAUGCAGUUGUGUCAGCUGGUAAAACUGUCCCCAAAGCCAGUAACCAGCCAGUCAAGAGGCCACCAAAGGCACCGAGGACCAAGCAGCCAUCCAGAGCGAACCUGCCGCUCUCUGACAUGGAGAAUCUGAUGCAGUGCACAGCCUUUGCAACAGCAGAUGAGUAUCAUCUUGGUAAUCUGUGUCAUGACCUGACUUCACAUGGAUAUGUUGAAAUAACAAGUUUGCCUAGAGAUGCUGCAAAUGUUUUGGUGGUCAGUACUGAGAAAUCUGCAAAAGAAGAUGAUCCUGGCAUGAUUUUUUUCUUCAGGGAAGGGGCUGUUGUAUUUUGGAAUGUGGAAGAGAAAAGUAUGAAGAAUAUCAUGCGAGUGCUAGAGCAGCAUGAAAUUCAGCCAUACGAAGUUGCACUGGUCCAUUGGGAGAAUGAAGAGCUGAACUAUAGAAUAGGAGAAGGUCAGUCAAAGCUCCAUAAAGGACAAAUCUUGUUAAAUUCUGAGCUGGAUAGUGAUGAAGUUGUUCUGCAGAAAUUUGCCUUUUCAAAUGCUCUUUGUCUUUCUGUGAAGCUAGCUAUUUGGGAAUCAUUACUGGAUAACUUUGUGGAAUCUAUCCAGUCAAUUCCUGAGAUUCUAAAGUCCCGAAGGAAGGUAAAACUCUCUCAUGCAGAUGUGAUGCAGAAAAUUGGAGAACUCUUUGCACUAAGACACCGUAUAAAUCUGAGCUCAGACCUGCUAAUAACACCAGACUUCUACUGGGAUAGAGAAAAACUGGAAGAGCUUUAUGACAAGACUUGCCAGUUUCUCAACAUUAAUCGCAGAGUUAAGGUAAUGAAUGAAAAGCUCCAGCACUGCAUGGAGCUGACAGACCUAAUGCGAAAUCACCUGAAUGAAAAGCACGCGCUGCGCCUUGAGUGGAUGAUAGUAAUACUGAUCACCAUAGAGGUUCUGUUUGAACUUGCAAGGGUAGUUUUCUGAUGACAGAACAAACUCAGGAAGAAGAAAACAGACAAAACAAUAGAAAAGACAAGACUUGGAAAAUUCCGAUCAGAUGCUUCUGGAGAAUGAUGAAGUUGUGUCUCCUGAUAAAUCUCUAAAUCUUCUGCUCAAAUUAAGAAAAAAAUUCAAAUUAGUCUGUGAACAUUAUUCCCAGCCACUGUACUAAUAAUGUUAGAGAGGGCUUAACCUAUGGAUGAAUCUCAUGUGUGCUGACUGUAUUUGGUGAGACUCUACAUCUUUCUCCCUUAACAGUUAAAAUGAUGCUGAAUAAAUGGCUACUUUGUGUAUUUCUGAUAGAUGUUUUCUCUCAUGUUUACCAGCUCACUCUUGGAGAGCUGCAACACUGUCCCAAGCUUGGAGAUGGCAUUACCAUUUGUUCUGGCAUGAUUUUAAUAUAUGUGGCAGAUAUAUUUAACGUUAUGUUCCAUCCCAUCAGAAAGUGGUGUUUAUACACUUGAAUGGGUAGUACUAUUUUCAUUCUUUUUUUACAUUUAGUAUUCAUUUAGAAGGGGAAUCAGUUGAUCCUAGAAGUCACAAGGACCUGUAGCAAAAUGGUAAACUAAAGGAAGAUUCACAGUAUUUCUCUGUCCACCUUAUCAUGCUAUCUGAUUUUCAUCAGUGUAAGUUGCAAGGAGUGAGUUAGCAUAGGGUGAGAUGUCUUAAUUAUCAUCUAAGGUAAAAGUUUCUUCUUUUUUAUUUUUAAUCUGUUCCUAAUCCACAGAGUGCUACUUGAGAGGAUGAACCGAUUUUUUUUCUGAGCAACUUCUUUUUCUAAAUGUAUUUUCAGAAACUGGUACACAACUGCUGUUUUAUCACCUCUUUCAAAUUCACUUUAGUCCAGUGUAUUGAAUAAGGAACAGAACCUAAAGAUUCUGUUAAAAGUUCCCGGAGCAUCGUUAACAAGCCAUGAUGACUAAAUUCUGGCUAAAAAUGCAACUACAGUUGCAGUAGCUUACUGUUCUCUGUUCACCUGAGGGAAUUAUUUCUCAGUGCAAUACUGGACUCCUGUUGAAUACAUCAAAUAGACACAAUGGAGAUAAAAAUAAAGUCAGGCACAGCUAGCAAAAACAUCUGACUACAAACCCAUCCUUUUGCCAUAAAUUGCAAUACAAUGCCAUGGGUGCCUCUGAAGAAUCAGCCGCUGCUCUUAAGUGGAGGCUUUUACCACUGGAAUCAGAACAGAUUGUAACUGGAGGUCUUGGAAUACCUCAAGUUCCUCUUCUCUGAACUGCUGAGAAGGUCUAAACAGUCAGGCCCUGCUCAGGGAAGUGAAUUGGUCAGGACAGCAGGGUGACAAAUACUUGUCACUGUGGAACUGCUCGGCAUCCAUAGCCUGACUUACACAGUGUUGUUGAGAAACAGAACAUUAC